GUUGGUGAGGCAGUGUCUCACCAGGGCCGCUACAUCAGCAUUCAGUCCUUGUUGGACCAAAUCGUCAAUGAUUGCAAUGGUGUCAGGCACAGGAACUUUGGUAAACAAAGAGACUACAUCAAAACUAACUAGCAAAUAACCUGCAGAUAGUGAGAUGUCCUUAAUUAACGAUACCAAGUGAGCUGAGUUAAGUACAGCUGAGGUGGUCUUACCAGUUGUAUGGUCUCAGACAUGAAUCGGGGCAGUUUGUAGGUGGGUGAGUCAAUGGUGGAGACAAUAGGAACUUCUUUAUGGAUUUUUGGUAAGCCAUACAAUCUGGGUGGUCUAGAAGCAGAUGGUUUUAAGUAAAACCGCUUGGUUGGUUCGAUUGAAGAUGUCGAAUCAGUGAUGGUAUUGUUGUUUUUUGUAACCAGGCAGUUGGUAGGAUCUCUAAUGAUUUUGGUAUAGCUACCAUCAUUAAGUAGGUCCUGAAUUUAUGUGACUUUACCAAAAGACCAAAAUAAUACGAACUCCUGUAGUCACGAAAGCUUUAAGUCGUUCCAUAUCAUGUUGUGAUGCGUGUGCGUUCCAUAGUGUUUUGCGAUGCGUGUUUUCCUGAGCGUGUUGUGAUGUGUGUUCCCUAGCGUAUUGUGAUGUGUGUUCUGCAGCGUAUUGUGAUGCGUGUGUAUUCUGUAGCGUGUUGCGAUGCGUGUGUGCAUUCCUAAGAGUGUUGUGUGUGCAUUCCGUAGCAUGUUGCGAUGCGUGUUCCAUAGAAUGUUGUGAUGCGUGUGUGUUCCGUAGCGUUUUGUGAUGCAUGUGUUCCAGAGCAUGUUGUGAUGUGUGUUACCUAGCGUAUUGUGAUGCGUUUGUGUUCCAUAGUGUAUUGUGAUGCUUGUGUUCCAUAGUGUAUUGUGAUGCAUGUGUGUUCCAUAGCAUGUGUGUUCCAAAGCGUGUUGUGAGGCGUGUGUGUGCCAUAGCAUGUUGUUAUGCAUGUGUGUGUUCAGUAGCGUGUUGCCAUGCGUGUGUGUUCCAUAGCGCGUUGUGAUGCAUGUAUUCCAUAGCGUAUUGUGAUGCGUGCGUUCCGUAUCGUGGUGUGAUGCAUGUGUGUUCCAAAGAGUGUUGUAAUGCGUGUGUGUUCUAGAGCAUGUUGUGAUGCUUGUGUGUUCCAGAGCAUGUUGUGAUGUGUGUUACCUAAGGUAUUGUGAUGCGUUUGUGUUCCAUAGUGUGUUGUGAUGCUUGUGUUCCAUAGCGUAUUGUGAUGCAUGUGUGUUCCAUAGCAUGUGUGUUCCAAAGUGUGUUGUGAGGCGUGUGUGUGCCAUAGCAUGUUGCUAUGCAUGUGUGUGUUCAGUAGCGUGUUGCUAUGCGUGUGUGUUCCAUAGCGCGUUGUGAUGCAUGUAUUCCAUAGCGUAUUGUGAUGCGUGUGUUCCGUAUCGUGGUGUGAUGCAUGUGUGUUCCAAAGAGUGUUGUAAUGCGUGUGUGUUCUAGAGCAUGUUGUGAUGCUUGUGUGUUCCAGAGCAUGUUGUGAUGCGUGUGCGUUCCGUAACGUGUUGUGAUGCAUGUGCGCGCUCUGUAGCAUGUUGUGAUGCAUGUGUAUUCCGUAGCGUGUUGUGAUUCGUGUGCGCGUUCCGUAGCAUGUUGUGAUGCAUGUGUAUUCCGUAGCGUGUUGUGAUGCAUGUGUGUUUUGUAGAGUGUUGUGAUGCGUGUGUUCAAUAGCGUGUUGUGAUGCAUGUGCGUUCCGUAGCGUGUUGCGAUGCGUGUUUUUGGUUGCGGGUUGUGAUGUGUAUUCGUUCUGUAGCGUGUUACAAUGCGUGUUCCGUAGCGUGUUGUGAUGCGUGUGUGUUCUGUAGCAUGUUGUGAUGCGUGUGUGUUCUGUAGCGUGUUGGGAUGCAUGUAUUCCAUAGCGUGUUGUGAUGCAUGUGUUCCAUAUCAUGUUGUGAUGCAUGUGCGUUCCGUAGCAUAUUGUGAUGCAUGUGCGUUUUGUCGCGUGUUGUGAUGCGUGUGCGGUCCGUAGCGUAUUGUGAUGCAUGUAUACCAUAGCGUGUUGUGAUGCGUGUUCUGUAUGAUGUUGUGAUGCAUGUGCGUUCCAUAACAUGUUGUCAUUUGUGCGUGUUCCCUAGCGUGUUGUGAUGUGUGUGUGUUCCAAAUCAUUUGUGAUGCAUGUGUUCAAGAGUGUUGUGAUGCAUGUGUGUUCCAGAGCAUGCUGUGAUGCGUGUGCGUUCUAUAGCAUGUUGUGUCUUCCAUAGGGUGUUGUGAUGCAUGUGUGUUCCAGAGCAUGCUGUGAUGCGUGUGCGUUCCGUAACGUGUUGUGAUCCGUGUCUGUUUCGUAGCAUGUUGUGAUGCGUGUGCGUUCCAUAGCGUGUUGUGAUGCAUGUGUGCGUUCCAUGGCGUGUUGUGGUGUGUCUGCGUUCCAUAGUGUGGUGUGAUGCUUGUGUGCAUUCCAUAGCAUGUUGUGAUGCGUGUGCGUUCCAUAGCGUUUUGCGAUGAAUGUUUUCCUUAACGUGUUGUGAUGCGUGUGCGUUCCAUAGCAUGUUGUGGUGUGUGUGUUACCUAGCGUGUUGUGAUGCAUAUUCUGUAGCGUGUUGCGAUGCGUGUGCAUUCCGUAGCAUGUUGUGAUGCGUGUGUGUUCCAUAGCGUUUUGUGAUGUGUGUGUUCCAGAGCAUGUUGUGAUGUGUUACCUAGCGUAUUGUGAUGCGUUUGUGUUCCACAGCGUGUUGUGAGGCGUGUGUUCCGUAGCGUGGUGUGAUGCAUGUGUGUUCCAGAGAGUGUUAUAAUGCGUGUGUGUUCCAGAGCAUGUUGUGAUGCAUGUGCUCAAGGACGUGUUGUGAUGCUUGUGUUCUAUAGCAUGUUGUCUUCCAUUGGGUUUUGUGAUGCAUGUGUGUUCAAAAGUGGUGUGAUGCGUGUGCACGUUCUGUAGCGUGUUGUGAUGCAUGUGCGUUCCGUAGCGUGUUGCGAAGCGUGUUCCAUAGCGUGUUUUGUGAUGCAUGUGUGUUCCAUCGCAUGUUUUAAUGCGUGUGCGUUCCAGAGCAUGUUGUGAUGCGUGUGCGCUCCAGAUCGUGUUGUGAUGCAUGUGGUGAUGCGCGUGUCCAUUCCGAAGCGUGUUGCAAUAAGUGUGUGUUCCGUAGCGUGUUGUGAUGCGUGUGUGUGUAUUCCUUACCGUGUUGAAGCAUGUGUGUUCCAUAGCGUGUUGUGAUGCGUCAGAGCGCGUUGUGAUGGAUGUGGUUCCAGAGCGUGUUGUGAUGCGUGUGCAUUCUGUCAUGUGUUGUGAUGCUUGUGUUCUGUAGCGUGUUGUGAUGCGUGCGCGUUCCGUAGCUUGGUGUGAUGCGUAUGUGUUCCAGUGUCUUGUUGACGUGUGUUCCAUAGCGUGUUUUUAUGUGCGUGUGUUCCCUAGCGUGUUGUGAUGCGUGUGGGUUUCGUAGCGUGGUGUGAUGCGUGUUCUGUAGCUUGUUGUGAUGCGUAUGUGUUCCAGUGUUUUUUUGGCGUGUGUUCCAUAGCGUGUUUUAUGUGUGUCUUCCCUAGCGUGUUGUGAUGCAUGUGGGUUUCAUAGCGUGGUGUGAUGCGUGUUCCGUAGCGUGUUGUGAUGUGUUUUCUGUAGCAUGUUGUGAUGCGUGUGCAUUCCGUAGUAUGUUGUGAUGCAUGUGUUCCAUAGCGUGUUGUGAUGCAUGUGUUCUGUAGCGUGUUGUGAUGUGUGUUCUAUAGCGUGUUUUUAUGCACGUGUGAUCCCUAGCAUGUUGUGAUGCGUUCGUGUUGCAUAGCGUAUUGCGAUGCUUGUGUUCCAUAGCAUGUUGUGAUUCGUGUGUGUUCCAUAGUGUGUUGUGAUGCGUGUGUUCGAAAGCUUGUUGUGAUGCGUGUGCGUUCCAUAGCGCGUUGUGAUGCAUGUGUUGCAGAGCCUGUUGUGAUGUAUGUUGCAGAGCAUGUUGUGAUUUGUGUUGCCUAGCGUGUUGUGAUACAUGUGUGUUCCAGAGUGUGCUGGGAUGCGUGUUACGUAUCAUGUUGUGAUGUGUGUGUUUCAGAGCGCGUUGUGAUGCAUGUGUUCCAGAGCGUGCUGUGAUGCGUGCCUGUUGCCUAGAGUGUUGUGAUGAGUGUGUUCAAUAGUUUGUUGUGAUGCGUGUGUUCUGUAGCGUGUUGCUAUGCAUGUUUCGUAGCGUGUUGUGGUGCGCGUGCUUUCCGUAGCGUGUUGUGAUGCGUGUUGUCACAGCAUGUUAGUGGACAGGCAUCCCACUAUGUGCGCAAUGAAUGUUGUGACGCAUGGUACCACUCGGAAACGGGCCGCAUUCCAUAACUAUCCGUCAUUGGUGUAAGCAUCUGAGCCACACUGAUUGGGAACUAGAGGGAGGGGGGGUCGUUUUGAACCGGCAAGAGCGCCGUGUUUUCUAAUCUUGUCGCUUUACGAUCGUCGCUCAUGCAGUGGCGGAAGUGACUGAGCCGUGUGUGGCAGUGCGGUGCUUUGCCCCAUAUCUUUGAGAGUGCGCAGUAAGGAAAUAGUUCAACGCAAUACUUUGGUCACCGAGGUCUCGUGUAUUUAAAUUUUCACGUUCCUCCAUUAUUUACGAUUCGUGUGACUUUUGGGUAAGGCCACGAAACGAUCCGCCCAAAAUUCAUGCCGUUAAGGUCCCUCCACCGCCCGACACAGCCAAACAAAUUCAAAUGCCCACGUGUACGAGGCGUUUAACAAUAGUUAUUAUUGCAGCUCACUCCCCGGAUGAGUUGAAGCACAGUCCCCACAGCCAAAUGUAGUGAUUAGAUAUUGUGUAUAAGGCCGCUUCACUUGAAACUGCGUCAGGCAUCUGCAGGUCAGAAACUAGAAUCUCACCCAGAUCUCGUCUCAUUGGAGACACAAAUAACAUCGCACCAUCCUGGCUUUGACAUUCCUCUUCCUCCUCGAAAACACCGGUGGUGGAACCACCGUCAACCGCAUCGGAAGAUCAUCAACAGGCCGAUAAACACAUCUCCUUUGUGAAUGGGAAAUUGAAGAGACGGAGCCACAGUGGUGCGACUGUGGCAAUGCAACCCAAACCAUGGACCGUGUAGUUAACCCACUGGAGUCAACGGAGGAACGGCAAAACGACACGAACUCUCUCCUGAAGGCCUCUCGUUGUGGCCAGCAGCAGCAGCAGCCCUAGACUUUGGCAUUUAACUUCUGAACCACAUUGCUGCUGCAGCUGCCAUCAUGCGCAAAAAGAGGUCAGACAGCAAGUCAGAAUGUUGGGUAGUGGAGGGUUUCACGACAAAACCCUGGGGACAGAUCAUUACACGGUGGAAACUCCCUCCCCCCCCUCCCCGCAGCAACUCCAUCCCAUCCCACCCAAAUAAAUCAAUAAAUCACGAACCAUGGCACCGGAUGAGUAUACCGGCGCGCGCAAUAACUCUGCCCUCUCUUCCAUUCGUUACCACCAGGCAGGUGCUCGUGCGGCUUUCCCCGCAGAACCGCACUCAAGUGCGCAGCCUCCCGGCGGCGGCGGCGGCGGCGCGGGCCUCGACGGGGAGCGGCCGUGCGAUGUUCGGUCGCAAGCGACGGCGGCCCGAGAUCUCGGCGCCGCGCAACUUCGUGCACCGCGUGCACACGGGCUACGACCCGCAGGGCAUGCGCUUCACGGGGCUGCCCGUGCAGUGGCACGGCCUCCUGCAGGAGACGCUGGCGCCCCGCCACCGGCACCGCAGCCCCGACCCGUCCUGCAUUCCCCCCCGCGAGCUGCGCGCCAUGAAGAAGAUCGUGCGUGGCAGGCGGGCUGCGACGGAUGGAGAUUUGAACGGACUCCUGGACGACUUCUACAAACUGUCAAUCCCCGGCUCAAACUCUCUGUACUCCGAGUGCGCCACCAGACAGAGCUGCGUGUCCGACCAAGGCCCGCUCUCCAAUUGGGAACGCACGGAUCGGGACACCCACGCGCACAAACAACAGAGCGGCCCGCGACCCCAGCGGCACAGCAGCGAGCCGUCGCCGCACAGGGAAUACGGCGUCUACCCGGACACGUCGGCCGCUUGUCCGGCCGGUCUCGGACAUCGGCCAGACUCGCCGAGUCACGGGAGGUCACGCGGAAGCCGGGACGUCAGGGCCUGCAUCCGGCAGCAGUACGAAGCCUUCCCGCUGCUCUCGUCCAACCAGCCGCUUAGCGUGGCCUGCACGCCGGCGGAAAACCGGUGGAACGCCAACGUCGGCGGCUGGAUACCGAAACCGCGCGACGGCAAAUCCUCGUCCGUGUUUUGCCAAAGCGGGAGCGACAGCGCCGAGGCGUCGAGCCGGCACCGACACGGCGCAAAUGCGGCAACCCCUCCGCACGGGGGGAACGGGCCGGGGCCGGCGGCGGAUCGCAGAAAAAGUAACAACCACCAUGACCACAGCGCCGUUGCCAUCGCCGCUGCUGGCCUUACAGUCGCUGCUCACGAUGAAGACCGCCGCCGCAUGGUCAUCGCGCCUGCCCAGCACCGCAGGGCGCCGCAAGCGGCAAGCUUCGAGCCGCCCGAUUUAUCCGGACCGGAGUCGUGCGACUGCUCUCGCGACGAGGUGCGCUACAGGCACAGAGACCCUGGGGAGCACAGAGGGGUGCAGCAGCAGCGGCAGCGGCCACGCUCGCUGCUGGAGCCUGCGGUGGGGCCCGUGCGACUCCACGAGCGGCCCUGGUCAGGGUACGCCCUGUGGGGGCCUCAGCUGCCUCUGGCACCCGGACUCUCCAGGGUCAGACGACACGAGAGCCAGGAGUUCGUAUAGCAGCGGGGAGGAAUUUCUUCACCGCACCGGUGCGUGUGAUGUUUGCCGGUGGACUGGAGUUGGGGACGUGACGAGUAAGUAGCCGCAGCCAUAGCAAGGGUGGUUCUGCAAGGACUUGGCACUUGACCGGUUUCACAUCUUCUAACCAGACUCAAAUUAAGAGCUGCCCUGCGGGCACUGAGGAACUCCCAUCAAAUCCGCGUAUGGGUGACAUGGAACACACAGAGGUCGUACCUCAGGUGUCAGAAAUAUUUACACAUUGUUCGGGCACUUGGGGUGGCGUGCAGCGGCACAGUGGCUAGCGCAGUGCGUUAAAAGCCCGGCGGCCACGACUUCCACGUCACAGCUACGGCCAACAUCAGUGGCACGCGAUAUCCUAACGGAUCCUGGGCUAUCCACGCCUUCGCCAACCCGCACUGACCAGCGUGCUGAAGUACGGUCAAACAAUUAAAGUGGCAUGGGGGCAGCCUUCAUCGAGCAGUGGAUUGAUAAAGGUGCCGUAGACACGCACACACACACACAUGGGUAACAGAGUCCAGUGGCAUCAGGAAAGUAUCACAAGGUCCGGUUAAAUGUCCACGCGAGUCAAAGCUCAGACAUGGGGGGGGGGACAAAUGUGACGAUCGCAAGUCACAAAAGAACUGCUGACGCCAUACAACCGAGACAUCUACCAAGCAAAUGGGCACUUGGCAGGCAAUCGCCCAGGAAGGGGGCUUCUGCUUUCAAAGGAGCGACUUGUUAUUGGGCCUCUCUGGGCCGCAGAGAUAGGGGGGGGGGGUGGCAGGUAGGGUAGUUGUCCCCCCCACUGCCACGGCUCGUAUCCAACAGGGCCUCUCCCCAUCUGGGAUUAUACUUUGGGCGUCUUUAAGAAAUAUAUAUAUUUUGAGAUCUCUCCACUUCUCUCCAUGUGGUCCUCGAGCCAUCGGUAACCACCUGGGGGGAGGGGGACGUGCCAACUGCGAUUUUCCUGAAGCAUUUUUAUAUUGAGGCCACAAAGCCGUACGAUAGCAAAGUCAUCGUGGUAGCUUUUUUUUUUACGUUAAAUUGUUCGUUAAUAUGGGUAACCGUCGUAGUGUAUUCGAUAGAGAAUAUCGGGGUUUUUUUUAAUAAAGACCACAAGUGGAACGAAACAUCCGCGGGAGCGUGACAAAUAUCUCCCACCGUAUAUUCUGCGAGUGGUGGACACUGCAGAGUGGUGGACACUGCCCAUGGUGGAUACGGGUAGCAUUUCACCACCCCCUUGGGUUGAAUGUCUCCGAGCUGGAUCACCGCAGCGGAGGACCGAGAGCCGCUGCGGUUCAACCUUAAGAGUGAAACAGUCUCCACGUGCUCCUCUCUGGCUGUUGUGCUUCGUGCCGUUGGGAAUUUGGAAGCCGAGAUUUUCCCUUUACAGGAGCUGUGGUGACCGCGACAGGGCCGGUGGGGGUUCGUGUGCAGUAACGUUGCGUGGUACGACCCAUGACAUUCUCCUUCCCGUACUUUGUCGUAUUGUCGCUCGCUGGGGCUAUUUCUGUUGAUAAUUAUCUGUGUAUCUCUCGGGGGAUGUAAUUUGCAGCGCUCUGCUGAAAGCUCUGCCGUUCAGGUAGAACUGUAAUGAUUACAAAAAUUACCGCACAACCACCGUACAAUCAAAUCGCUCUGCGUGAAAAAAUCAUGACCCUUCAGCUGUAUGCGGACUCAAAACUUCCAUUUCACGUGGCCCCGUCGCUGCUUAACGAUGACUCCCAACUCGCAGACGUGCUUCCGUGCAGCAUUCACUCCUCGCCUCUCGCGGAGGCAGGACGGCUCGGAGGCGCGAGGUCAAACCACGAACGAGCGGGAAGGAAGAAAAAGCAGCUGGGCGGGCGAGCCGACGCCAACAAUCGCAAGAGUUCUGCGGUCCUACAUAUGUUGAAAUGUUUUCAGCCAAUUCGUGAGUGUUCAUGCACGCGGGAGGAAACUGGAGCACUUGGGAGAAAAGCCACACAUGGGAGGGAGCAACGCUAUAUAAAACAGAUGGAACAGAUGAAGAUUCGUCCACAUUUUGGCGAGCCGGGGGUACACGGGCGGCUGCUCCCUCGAUGCUCACGGGAAGGGAAUUUCACAACAUGUAGGGCGAUCGAGCAACCCUCCACCGCCUCCAGGUGCUGUAUUGAAGGCCCCACGCGAAGCGAGCGCCGCAACUUAAUGUCACACGGCCCACGAACUUCGCGCGGCCUGUGGCCAACAUGAAAAUCCGCGACCUCGUAACAGCCUGCAAGUGACGGACGCUCGGGGUCCAGCCGCUGUGAGGAGCUUCACCUCGUGCCGGCCGUGACAUCGCCGCGUUCGCGAGAGGAGUUGCAGGCCCAGGCGUCGCACGCCACGGGGGGGGGGGGGGGGGG